CGUUGGUUUUAUCCAGCACCUUUCAUUUAUUUCUCUCUCUACAUUUCGCAGUUUUAUCACAUUUCACAUCAGAGAUAGAGAUAGAGAUAGAGAUAGAGAUAAAGAUUUUACUCUCUUGUUCAUCUCCAAAGGUUUUGAAAUCUGAACAGACAACUGGGUUUUGCUCAGAAUUUGGUAUAGUUAAUUACUUGACAUGGAAGGGGGUAUGGAUUUCUUGAAUUGCCUUGACCUGGACAUGUCGUUGCAAAUUCUGAUGUAUUUGAAGGACCCAUCUGAUCUUGCCCGUGUUAGUUCUGUGUCACGGUCUUGGCGAGAUUUCGUCAUUGCAAAUGGCCUUUUUAAGCAGUUGUGCUUGAGAAUGUUUCCUCAGUUAUCUAGAGUUGCUCGUGUUAUGGAAUUGAACAAAUGUGGAGCAAAAGAGCCUGUAGAAGUUGGCUCUAGCUAUUCAACGGAAUGGGAAUCUUUGGCAAGGAAUCAUAGGGUCUAUGCUACUCUAGCUCGAGUUUGUACAUCAUUUCUUCCUGAGGAUUGCAUUUCAAAAGCAAUUAGUGCUUCUAGCACUGAUAAUUAUCCGGAAGAAAGUAUUGAAAAUACUCUGCGACCAGCAGAUAUUGUUCCACAUAGACCUUUGUACUGGUCAAGUAAAGGGCAAAAGAAUCCUGCAGUUCCUGAGACACUAAUAUACAAGCUGAAGUCUGAGUUUUGUGUUAUUACUGAAAUAAAGAUACGCCCUUUCGAAGCUUACUUUCAGCCUGGUUCGCCUAUAUAUUCCGCCAAAUCUGUGCGGUUUCAAAUGGGUCAUCCAAAAAGCCCUAAUGAUUUAGGGAGUCGUCUUCUGGGUGACCCAUUGCCUUCUGCUGAUGACACUUUCAUAUGGACCUACACUUCACCAGAAUUUCCAAUGGCUCAGGAAAGUUGCUUGCAGAAGUUUACGCUUCCAGAACCUGUUCUUUGCAUUGGUGGAAUUUUGCAGAUUGAGCUGCUGGGUAGGGUUCAGACACAAGAAGUGGAUGGCUUAUUCUAUAUUUGCAUGUCUUAUGUUCGAGUUAUGGGGCGUCCCUUAUCUCCAGCACUUCGUGUAGAAAUUCUUGAGCCAUCUGGGACAUUUGUCUUGAAGAAGGACAUGCAAGGCAAGUUUCAUACCCAACCAGGUUUACCUGAGAAUGAGGCCCGUGAAAUCCCUAAUGAUCGAUGGCAAAGACGUAUCAGAUAUUUGCAACAUUUUGUGGACAUAUUGCAGGGAAAUGCAAACGUAGUAGAAAUUGAAGAAUAUGAAUCAGGUGAAGAGGAAGAUGAAGCAGAGGAAGAAUAUCCUCUCUGAAUUUGACAUAUGUUAGAUAACUUAUAUCCAAUCCCUCUAAACACCCCCCCACCCCAACAAAAAAAAAGGGGGAAAAAUAAAAUUAAAUGUGUUUUUGAACUGAGUAGCUGCAAAUGUUGCAGUAAUUUAUCAUCUCAAGGCCUUUCUGUACGAAGAACUACGCAAAAAAAAAAUCCACUUCCUAUACAGUCUUUCUAUCUAGUGUUGUAUAGCCUUGACUUCUUCUUUUUCCCUGUUUUAGUGGUAUUGCACUAUUACUAUUAUCAGUAUGAGCAUCAAUAAUUAUGUUCUCUCACUGUUGGUGAGUUUACUA